AAGAGUUGUUGUCUAUCAAUGGGACUAUGUGCCUCAAAGGAUGCCAAGUUGGAAUCGAAUAGCUUAAGAAAAUGCAACACUAACACUUCAACAACAAAGGACAAAAACAAUCUUUCUACCCAACGAGCAGGAAUCAAUGAUGAAAAUGCAUGUGACUUGCCCGAUAACAAACCUGAAACCGCGAAAAGCACUACUUCUUCCACAGAUAAAUGCCAACAAUCACUUUCUCCGCUGAAUUAUGAUGAGAAAAGUCAACAAAACUGCUGCGACAAUCCAGUUCACGCACAAAACAUAGCUGAAGAUGUCUUCCCUUUAGAGUUCAACAAAACUGCUCCAACUACACAAACAAUAGAAAGCCCAGCCAAGCACAACAAUGAAGCUGUGGAAACCUUUGCCUCUCAUACCAUUUGGAAGCUGUCUAAAGAAGCAAAUCUACAAAAUAUCGAAAUGACUAAGAAUUUAAGCGACAAUGGAUCACGCAAAAAAGAAAAUACAAAGGAACAUAUUAUAUGGGACGAUUAUCGUUUUCCUAAUUGUGAGAUACCAGGUAUUGUAGAAAAAUUCACUUCAAAAAGGCAUAGUUCCAAUCUGGUUCACGACCUUGCGAAGAAAUCGAGAGAGAAUCUCCAAGUUGAAGAGGAAAUCAAAAUGACAGCUUUUAGUCUGGACAAAGAAAAGCAAAAAAUGACAAUAGAACAGAAGCCCGUGUCAUUCGUAAAGGAAAGAGUGAAAGAAUUGGAACGGAAGCUUCUCUCAACGAAGAGCGCAACCAUCAACCAGGCAGCGGUUCAUAGAGUUUCACGGAACUUGAUAAGCAGUGUCACCACGGACAAAGAAGAUCAUCUCAGCCAUACUCCCAACCUGAGUACUAGUAACGAUGUUGAUCAACUAGACAACUUGAAGUACAGUACAGCUAAUUCAAAGAACGACGCCCAAGACAAGUCAUGUGGCAACAGAGUAAAUGACACAGAAAAUUCAGUAAAGACGCAUAUGAAGACUUGUGAAGAAAAAAACAGACGAGUUAGAAGGAGUCGAAAUAGUCUAGCUCGAGCAAGUACUGUAUUUUCGACCGAAACCCUUUCAAAAUUCUUAGAUACAUAUUCGAGAGACACGGAAAUUGAAAAUUCAACCGUAAUAACGGAAGCAGAAGCGCAAGAAAAGUUUAUUGAGGAUAGUUUGAUAGCGACAUUAAAGAGAACUGACUCUUCACCUGGAGUUGAUCUAAAUAGUGAAAUUGCUGUAAAGCGAUGGAAGUAUAAGAAUAGGCAAAGAAAACUUAGAGAGUCGCGAAUUAUGUGGGACGAUGAGGAAGCAGUUAGAGGUAUUCGUGGAAGUGUUUUAAAAGCGCACACUUCUAUGAAAAUAUUCAUGUGAACUGCUCCAAAAGAUUGACUUUUGUUGAGACACGGAGAAACCCUUGUGAAAGCAAGUUUUUGAUAUCGUUUAGAGAAUGAGUUGUCUGAUGUUAUGCUUUCCGAUUCAAGUUAUCGGAAACAGACUAAGGUUCCGCUUCGUUUGUAUACUCUACGUUAGACUUGUUGUAUAUUCUGAAAAACUCUGUUUUCGAGAAACUAAACCCCAAUACUUAGUUGAAAUAUUCUACAGGGGUGUACAGGAAAUUUAGAUACAGAACAGAGCAGUAAGUUAAGUUGUCGACAGUAGCGUAAAAACUCUUGAGAAAUUGGAACAAGUGAAUCGAACCCUCUAUAUGAAGUUACUCUUCAAAAGCAUUAUCCAGAUUUCCUAAAAGA